GCUGAGCUGUGGCAGGCACGGCCCUCUGUGGGUGCUGGGCUGCUGCUGGAUAUGGUUCCACCAGCCCAGAAGUUUCUGCCCUUGGGCUGGGCUCUCUCUGCUGCAGCAGCUCCAGCCAGGAGGGUGUGAACGCUCCUGCUCUCCUCGGAGCUUCCACAAGUGAUCUCCAUCGCAGCCGGGCUCAGCCCCUCAACUGCUGCCCAUGCAGGGGUCCGUGCAUCUUCCCGGGUCCUGUGCCCUGUGCCAGGUCCAUCCCAGCCUCCAGCCCUGCCUUCUCUUGCUGCUCCCAGAGACCCCAGUGCUGCCAGCUGGGGCCAGGCCAGGGAGCUGCUGGCAGCUGGCCGUGCCCACUGUGCCCAACCACACUUGCUGGCCGAGCUGCAGUCCGAGGGCUCCGGGGUCAGGCAGAGCUUUGCCUCCCGCAUCCUGGGCCCUGGGCCAGGCUGCCAGCAGGGCCUGGACACAGUGGGCAGUAGCACGUGCCUGCAGCCGUGACCCUCCUGUCCCUCUCUGCCUGUGGAGAGAGUCCCCUGCUCCUGCCCUGGCAAUGCCAUGGCCAUGGAGAUGGUGCCCUACUUAGGUUUGGGCCCCAUUCAGAGUCCUCUGGUCACAAGAACAUCAACCAGAGGGUUGGCUAGGCCACCAGGUUUGGCUGGGAUGAAAGCUCCAGCCCCCCACAGGGCUAUGGCUGGGCUGUGCUGUGCUGGAGUCCAGCCUCCUCCACUCCUGCCUCCACCGCCUGCUCGGUGCUGUUGUGGCCCGUGAGCUGGUGGGGCUGCUCUGCCAUCAUGGAGGGUGUGGGGUCUGUCAGGGCUGGGGGACAGACCCUCAGAUCCUGGGGUUGGUCUGGGGUGGGAGAUGGAGCCUGUGAAGCAGCAGCUCUGUGGGGCUGCCGAGCCUGGGCCGGCCCUGCCGGUGAGUUCAGGGACCUCAUGCCAUGGUGUGGGGACAGGGAGCUGCGCCCUUGUCCAUGAGGAACCACUGACGAAGUCCCUGGGGCAGGGCUGGUACCGAGCCGGUCGUAGCUGGGGUGGUCGGGACAGGGGCUGCUGGGGCUGGCGCCCGUCAGGCUGAGGGUUUGCUGGGCUCAGGGCUCCCCAGGACGGAGCAGAGCGGCAGCGGGGCUGGAGACCUGCCAGGGAACCGUCUCGGGGGAGUGGGGAGAGGGAGCAGGAGCCGCCAGGGCCGGGGGAGCAGCUGGCGGGGCAGCACUGGGCCAGCUGAGUUGCGUCGAAGGGGUCAGGGGUGUAGGAUGGAGCAGGAGCUGCCAGAGACCCAGCCGGGCAGCACCCCACCAGGGACACUGAUCUAGAAACAGGGCCAGGAGCUGUGCCAGCAGCCAGCUGUGGCAAGGGCCGGGGCAGCGGGGAGCACGUUCUGCCCAUCCCGGCUGGUGGGGGUUGCAGAUAGAGGGUUGGUCUCCAGGGAGGGGAUCACAGUCGGCAGAGCCUGCCCGAUGUCCAGGGAAAGAUUUGGGGGUGCUGUGGGAAAUCAGCAACUGGUGGAGAUCAGCAACUGGGCGGGCUCUGCUCUGCUCUGAGAGCACCGUGGAGCCCGGGUGAUGGGUCUGCCCCGUGUCCGGGUCACCGGGAGGAGGUGCAGCUGGGACCGUUCAGACCAGAGAUGCUGCGGUGAGAGCCCUGAGGCACUUGGCCGAGCAGGACGCCUGUGCCAUGGGGCUUGGUGCAGGCUGGGGAGCUGCAGCUAGGACAGGGCUGGAACAGGCUCAGGCAUCCUGGGGCGGGGGGCCCAGCUGUGGGCAGGUCACACGGGGCUCUGGCCUGCCUAAAUGGGCUGUGCUGGUUGCAGGGGCCCUCAUGGGAGCUGGGGAUGUGAUUGCACAGCAGCUGGUGGAGCAGCGGGGGCUGCAUGGGCACCACUGCUCCCGCACCCUGAAAAUGAUGGGCAUUGGCUUCUGCUUUGUGGGGGGUUUUGCUCCGUGCUUCCUUGGCUGCUUCCUGGCUGUCACAGGGGCCACGAAUGGGCUGUCGCUGCAGGAGAACUGGUCCAAGAUCCAGCAGGACUACAUGGAUGCCCUGAUGACCAAUUACUGUAUCUGGCCACCCGUGCAAAUUGCCAACUUCUACUUCGUGCCUCUGCAGCACAGGCUGGCUGUUGUCCAGUGUGUUGCCAUCGUCUGGAACUGCUACCUGUCCUGGAAAGCGAAUCGGAUGUGAGGCACAAUCCGUGUCCCGUGCCUGUGCCCGGCCUGUGCGUUCCUGACCCCAGCACAACUCAGAGCCCUGGCCGUGGGCACGCGUGGCCGUGGGCAGGCUGGGACACACGGGGUCCUGCAGCAGCCAUCCCACGCCUUUCUCAGGGGAACACCGUCUGCUAUGGCCACAGCCCCCUGCCCCAGGGAGAAGAUGGUGCCAGGACAGCCUGGAUCUGCUCCAGCCGUGCUGUGCAGCGACUCUGCCCACGGUGCACUUCUCUCUCUGUGCUCAGCCAUUUCCAAGCCCUGCACAUGGGGUGCUCCUGUCCUGAGUGUCACUCUGACCUUCCCCACGGCACAUCCCGAGGGAAAAGAGGACUGGAAAUGGAGCAGGGCUGGCCCUGGGCUGGCUGUGCUGUGGGCACAGAACUGGGGUCACUGCAGGCUGAGGAUGCUCCCCCUGAAAACAGGGUUUGCUGUGGCUCUGCUGUGGACAGUCAAAGCAUCAAUAAACAGAGGUCUUCA